UUAUUUAUUUGUUUUUAUAUUCUACCUUUACUAGCUGCUCGGGCGGUUCUCGAUAUUAAUUAUAUAGUAUUAAUAUAUAGUAUCAAUAGAUACUCCUACUAUCUCGAUAGACUAAUUUUUUUAAUAAUAACCUAUUUUUAA